ACACAGUUCCGAUCUGUCUGAUAAUUCUUAUCAUUAAGGUCACCUUUAGGGAAUAUUUACAUAUAUUUGAACAUGGGAGGCCUGUAUCUGUUGGUAUUUGUGAUUAUUUUGGGUGUACAUGAGUCUUUAUCAAGAUGCCCCCUAGGUUGGUAUCACCAUGGAAACUCCUGUCUCUUGUUUUCCACGGACACGCUGAACUGGAACGAUUCAUCGGAAGCCUGUGCCAGUGUCGGCGCUAGUUUGGUUGCCAUCGAGUCCCACGAAGAAGAAACAUUCAUACAGAAUCGGCUACACCAUGAGUUUGCUAGCUUUAUGUUUUGGCUUGGAGGAACGGAUCAGUUUCAGUCUGAUUCUGUUUGGUACUGGAUUUCAACUGAACAAGCUAUUAAUGAUGGUUACACCGACUGGCACGCCACCGAGCCCGAUCAUCCAGGUAAACAGCACUGUUUGGCGAUGCGGAAGGACCUGAAUUAUCAGUGGUGUGACGACUACUGCCCGGAACUACACGCCUACAUUUGCGAAAAACCGUUGGAUGAUGGUCAGUCGAUAAUAGGCUAGUCACAGCAACACAAAUGGAGGAAUUAUGUACCAGAUAUAACGUUACUACUGUUCUCAGUAAACUAAUCAGAAAUGCA